CGACCGCUCAGAUCCUAUGUCGUGCUUCUCUGCUUAUUCUUAUACCUGAAUUACUUUGUUCCAUUUUCUUCCACGGCAGCUACACGCGCCACACUGCAAACAGCUGCAUGUCUCUCAGCUGCGUCAUCCGUCUGCUGCCUUACUGUCGAUCUGCCGCCCUACCGCCUCACCGACCGCUCACCAGCGGACCUGAGUCAACCUCAACCCUCAAGGCUGCACCCACGUUAAAGACGCCUAGGCAGUCUGUGGGAAGCUGCGCAGGCCCCCAAAACCCCCCCUCGAAGUAUCUAGCCCACCAUGUUUUCUGAAUAUGCCUCCAAGUUUCUCUCCCAGUCUCAGUCGCGGCUGUCACUGGGCCAGCCCGAGUCGACCUUCGGUCGUAACCCUUCAGACCGCCAGCGGCCCUCGUCGCGCGCAGCCCAGGCAUACCUUCAGCGCCGCAACAUGCCGAACCCAUAUAACUCUCAAGCUAUGUCGCGCUUUGCUUUCGCAUCGCGCACUUCAAACGCCCCUGCGCCGCUCUUCUACUCAGCCACAGACGACUUCCGGGAAGAGGACGAUCAUGUCGAGCACGACCGCGAGAUGGCUGACCACUACGCCCUUCAACGGUCACGGCGGCAGUUCGGCGCAAGCAACCUCUCCGAGUCAUCAGAAGUGGAGGACGACGGUGUACACAGAUCAGACCAUACAAUAGAGGCAGACCGAGACGAGAACGAUGCGCCAGAUUAUGGUCUUGGCAGAGGGAUUAAGAGCUCUUGGAAGGGCGACAAGCCAGCUCGAGGGCGGUCGACCACUGUGACAAGACUCGAAGACGAAGAGCGGGAUUCAAGCGUGCCUUUGUCCGAGUCGACAGAACCAAGCAGUAGAGGGAAUGGGAGGUUGGUGGACAUCGAGCUUGCCUCGACGGAAAGAGGCAGCAUAGAAGAGCUGGACAGACAAGAAGCCUUCGAACAUAAGGACGAACCGCCACCCUCAUACCAGCAGUUUCGCAAUAUGCCGAGAAAUAAACGCCUUCGCAGCCCGCUGCGAACAAGCCUACCCAUACCACAAGAAACUGACGAAGACGUGCUGCUGGAGCGCCCACGAUCCAUCAGCCCAGACCGCCAGACCGUGCCAGAUCUAGUGCCUGAGAAUCCCACAACCCCUCCAAGACACAACUUCUUCUGGGCUGAGCUCUUUAUCAUAGUACAAUGCGCCAUGAUCGGCGUUUGGUUCAUCUCCUUCCUGCAAGAAUCACCACCAGGCAAGAAGAAUCCACUUGGAGAUACGGUCUACACUGUCCUCCAGUCAUCUUUCCACCUCAUCGGCGUAUACUCGCUCGUAUCGGUCGUUGUCGGGUUACUAUGGCUAUCCUUACUACGAUCUUUCGCCCGCCCUCUGGUCUAUCUGAUGCUGGUAGCGGUACCGGUCAUCUCGUUUUCGUUCUGGCUGUACCCGUUCGUCUCAAGUCUGAAGGGCUCAUGGCAUGGCAACAGCGCACAAGACAAGGCAAUGCGCUGGCUCUCAUUCGGGCCCCUAAUACUGGCCAUCUUCUGGGUCUACACAGCAUUCAAGGCACGACACUCACUGCACAAAGCGAUCGGCAUGCUGGAAUUCUCGAGUGAUAUCCUGAGGGCGCAGGCACCACUCCUCGUGGUUGGUGUUGCAACCUUGGCUGCAGUAAUGCUCUGGUCGUGGCUUUGGAUCCUCAUGUUCACACGACUGUUUCUUGGAGGUCACUUUGCAAGCAACAAAUCACGCUGGAUCGUGGACGCCAGCACUUGGUGGCUUGGGAUAGCUUUCUUCCUCAACUACUUUUGGACCUUGGGCGUUAUUGCUGGUAUACAGCGAGCGACAACAGCAGCUACUGUCUCCCAGUGGUAUUUCCACCGCAACACGACACCCACGCCCCCAGCCUCGACAGUUGUGCAAGCUUCGCUCAGCCACGCAUCAUACACCAUGGCAGGCACUAUUUGUCUCUCGACCUUGCUCUCGCUUGCGGUGCGACUACCACUUAUCAUUCUGCCUCGACGUAUUGCCGGCAUGAUCGCGAUGUGCGCCUAUUCGAUUGUACCUACACCGAUCGCCGCACUGACCAACCCUCUCACCCUGACCUUCGCAUCCAUCCAUGGCGUCCCGCUCAACCAAGCUGCACGUGGUCUGUCACAGAUGAACUUCAUCUCAGCAGCAUCGCCAACAACGACACUCGGUCCAAGAUCGUUCAAGAACCAUGGUCGACCUUCAAUCCAGUCGUAUCGCCUGGCCAAGCUUCUCCUGCACGCUAUCCGUUGGGUCAUCACCAUCACGCUUGGGUUCGGAGGUUGGGUAUCUACUGCGCGGAUGCUCCAGAUCGGCAACGAGGCCGUGCCGUAUAAAGGCAGUCUAUACGCCUACGUAGUCGGCAUCAUCAGCGCAGCAAUUGGAUGGGGAGCAUUGGGCGCUAUGGAAGGUGUAGUCGGUGGCAUCUUGGAUGCUGUGCUAGUCUGCUGGGGUAGUGAGGUUGGGCGAGACGGUCAAGGUGAGGCGAGAUACUGCGUUGAUGCCGGUCGAUUGUUCGGUGACGAGAUUAACGGACGUGGAAGGGCAAGGUUUGAGGUCUGAGUUGAUAGAUGGGUGUGCAUUUCUGGUGUUAUAAGCCUUGGGAACUAGGCGUUGAACAAUCCAACCUGGGUACAUGGAGGACUGGAUGUGGGCUGGCUUUGGGUAUACCUGGUGGAUCGCAGUAGUCCUGCACCAUCUGCAAUGUUUCGUAGCUUUGCAAAUUGAGAGUGGUCUUAUCUUUGA